AUGGUGGUCACCACUCGGCGCGGCGCCCGUAUCUCCGCACCGAGGGAGGACGACAACGACAGUAGCUCUGACAACGCGUCCAUCCCAGCACGAACCCCACCAGUCCAACGUCGGCAGCCUGCAUCUAGAACUCCCGCAACUCUGAGGCCCUUGAGGGAGGCCGCCCCAAGCAACGCCAAUUUAUCCAAGAGAAAUCGAGUACCUAACGGUACGCCCAAUGCACCACAGCAAAAGCGCCGAAGGGUAUCAUCCGACGCUGCGGAUACGAUCGAGGUAGCGCUAGGGGAGGACGACAAUGUUGAUGCGGCAAUCAACGCCACGAGCGCGCGUUCUGCGCACCAGCUUGAAAUACACCUCCCUAGUAGCCGAGGGUUAAGGGAAAGCCGCGGCGCCAAUUCAACAGAGGUUAGUCCGCGGGAAAGUAGACAAGAUCCUGCCGUCUCACAUAUUCUCGAGGAAAGACCCGAGUCGGACAGCGACCGGAGGCCAGCCAGACAUGGCAACCAUGUUGCCGGGGCUGCAGCAGAGGAGGUUUCUACUGCCGCAGAAACUCCACGUUCGGGAGGUAGUCCGGAAUUGCAAUCCUCCGCAGUGAGAGUCCGGUCGACAAGACCUGUAUUCGACGUUUAUGAAGUCCCAGAAGAUGACGAUGCCGAGCCCCCCAAUUUUGUUGCUGUUCGCGGCACAAGAGCGAGAAAUAAUGUGGAAAUUUCGAACGGAGACAAACCAAACAGAAGUCAAGCGCGCCAGCCACAGUCAGCACAACGAAAUGACCAGGUUUCAUUGAUUCGGGAGGAACAAUCCGAGCCGGUAGCUCGAGCUCUUCGCCGCCCUGAGCCGCGCCAGGUUACGCUUCCGGGCAACGCCCCAAGGUUAAUGGACGAGGGAAACUGUGAACUGGGGCAAUAUGGGAAUGGGCGACAAGUAAAUCAAAUCACUGAGAAGGAACCAGAGAGGCCCCGGGAAAGGGAAGAGACGGAAGAGACGGACGAAACGGACGAGACGGUGGACGAGGAUGAAACAGACGAAUCCGAGUCCGAUGAAGAAGCGGAGCAACGGAAAAUGGGUAACAUCCAGGUGCGACCCUGCACGAACAACGACGACACCGUUUCCGUAUACAGUGACCACCUGCGAAGCAUAUCGAAACUCAUGGGGAGAAGGGGUUGGACAGGGGCAGGGAGCAGAUGGAUGGCCGAGCUCUACGCCAACAUGCCCGCGUUUGGGGUGUACCCGCCUAUUCGCACGAGACUCGGGAAGUACAUUUUCAAAUCCCUCAGCUGUCUCAAGGAUGAAUUGGACGAGGUGCCAAAUGCCCUGGACCUCGACGAGCAAUAUCAAUAUCUGGUAGAGCACCAGCUGGUCUUGAACGCUGCCAUAUCAAAUGUCGACAAGGCAGUACGAAAAAUCGAGCGUCUAAGCAACACCAGGCUUCCUAAACGCAUAAUCAACGACCUUUCGAAAUGCGUCAUACCAAUGCUCGUCCUGGUCAUGCAGACAUCUUUUGCCGUCGGAGUUCGACAACCCGACGCCGUGGUCAACGACUCCCUUCCGAAGGAGGGUAUCUUUACGUGGACUACUGUACAGUACCUCCUCGGCACACUGGGGUGGUUGUCCCGUCUCCAGAAAUGCCUGAACCCUCCGUCCAACGGCAACUCAGAACACGCCGGCCAACAGUACGAUUUUGAAGACCCGAAACAUAACCACGAGAAGCUUGCGGUUAUGGUCAGAAAGUUUAUACAACAGAUUCGGCAUCAGGUAGACAACUUCAAUGCACGAGCCGACGCCAACCGGGAGCGGUACGAAGAGGAGCAGCGCAUCAGAAGGAUGAAAGAGGAGGACAGAAGAAUCAAGGAACAAAACCAGAGAGAGGAAGAAGCAGAACUGGCGCUCGCUAGGCUCGAGGAGGAAAAAUUCCGGUUAUCGUUACAGAAAGUCACGAGCCAGAUUCGUCCGCUAGCUGAGAGAUUCCGCAGGGCGACAUCGCACUGGCAACCUGCUCAGGUCAGCCAACCUCACCCUCAGCCUUCGAAUCCGAGUACUUGGACACUGAGCCAUCUGGGGCCUCGAUCCCAGUCUGUCGGCUCCUCGGUGCCACGACUUCCGCCGGGUGGCGGCCAGAGGGCACCACAAUUUCAGCCCACCCCGCCUUCCCCGGAGCUAGGUUAUCCGCCCUGGCCCGAGGAUGAGACGGAGUGGUUACUGAGUGAGCUCAGGAGGCCAGAAAGACAACGUGAUUGCUUGGAGGUGUGGGCGGAAACCCUUGAACGGUCGCCGCAGGAGAUUCUGGGAGAAAAGAGGCGGUUGGAGAGGACGGGCCGUUAUCGGUCUCCUACCCGACAACGCUGA